AUGGCCUUUGGUGUUGAAGAGACCACCAGGGAAAAUAUGUGCUAAUCAGACUUUAAGUCCACUUUCAUUAGUGGCCCAAAGGUCAUCUUCAAACAAAGGAAGCAGUGAUGGGACACUCCGAUGUGAAAGGUCCACACCCCAUCUAUCUUAUUAUCAAGAUGGAGAAGUCCACUUCAUGACACUGACCUAUUCUCACCCUACUUUUCAUUGACUUACCCCCACACGCUCUCAAUCUUUCCAGUCUUGGUCUGCAUUCUAAACCCCUCCUGCCCCUCCCCUGACACAGCGCCUCUAUAACAUUCAUUCCCAAGUUGCCAUCAGGGGGAUCGCACGGCUUUAUCACACCAAAACAUUGCGCAACUAUAGAUGAUGAGGGAAAGGUAUUCUGAGUUUAAAGAGGGUAGUGUGUUUUACUCCUAGCCUUCGACAAGUAGGGGACUGUUAAAGUAGAAAACGCAUCCCCAGUCUUAGCUUUCGAGUAGUUAGGCUUGCCGCACGUAAAAUGGUUAAAAGCGCCUUGGCAACGAUAUCAAUCCUCCUGUCGUGGGGUUACUGCGUGUUGGCUGCGCAGGUCGCCUUUGCCAACUUCUCCGUGGAUAACGAAGUGCGCUCCAGCUUCAUCCAGCGGCGGCUGCGGAGCCAAGAGCGCAGGGAGAUGCAGCGGGAGAUCCUCUCCAUCCUGGGGCUGCCGCAUCGUCCGCGGCCGCACGUCCACACCAAACACAACGCUGCCCCGAUGUACAUGCUGGACCUGUACAAUACCAUCUCUACAGACGCAGAGCCACACGGGUACUCUUACUACAAGUCCGUUUUACCGACCCAAGUCUCCCCCGUGGUGACCCCACAGGACAGCCGCUUCCUAGAUGACGCAGACAUGGUGAUGAGUUUUGUCAAUCUUGUUGAUCAGGAUCAGGAUCUAUUGUACCAGCAGCACAGAAGAGAAUUCCGAUUUGACCUUUCCCGUAUUCCAAAGGGAGAGGCCGUCACAGCAGCGGAGUUUAGGAUCUAUAAAGAUUUAAUCCAGGAACGCUAUGAGAAUGAGACAUUCAGAGUCAGUGUAUACCAGGUCCUGCAGGAGUCUCCAAACAGUGAAGUGGAGCUCUUGCUGCUGUAUCAACGAGAAGUGUGGGCCGCUGAGGAGGGCUGGCUGGUCUUUGACCUGACCGACAGCAGUAAUCUCUGGUUGGUCGACCCUGAGCAGAACCUUGGCCUGCACCUGGUCCUGGAAGACAGCCACGGCCAGAGGAGGAACCCUCGGCUGGCGGGGAUGGUGACAGGCGGACCUCAGGACAAGCAGCCCUUCAUGGUUGCCUUUUUCAAAGCCAAUGAGGUGCGCUUCCGCAGCAUCCGCUCUGCCCACAAGGGGCGCCAGUCUAACCGCUCCAAACCCCAGAAGACUGUCCAAGAUGCACUAAAGGCAGUGGAGGCUGCAACAGAUAACCUUGGCAUCACCAAAGAGGGAUGUAAAAAGCAUGAGCUGUAUGUCAGUUUUAGAGAUUUGGGAUGGCAGGACUGGAUCAUAGCUCCAGAGGGCUAUGCAGCAUACUACUGCGAGGGAGAAUGUGCCUUCCCUCUCAACUCCUACAUGAAUGCGACCAAUCACGCCAUCGUACAAACUCUGGUGCACUUUAUCAACCCGGACACGGUGCCCAAGCCCUGCUGUGCCCCCACCCAGCUCCACGGCAUCUCAGUGCUCUACUUUGACGACAGCUCCAACGUUAUCCUCAAGAAGUACCGCAACAUGGUGGUCAGAGCCUGUGGCUGCCACUGACCGCUCCAACCGCUACCUGUGAGUUCUGCAAUGAUGGAGGAACACCUGAAAAAGGCGGAUGUGAAGGAACCAGAGACAAUUGACUGGUUGGUCAUCAAGGAGCUUCUGCCACAGAACGAGCUUUGAUCUGGCGUACUGUUUUAUUGAGCAUCAACUGAGCCUCCCAUGCAGUAUUAACCACUACCACAAACCAAGUAGAACCAUUGAACAAAGGUACAUAAAGUGCACUAAAAGGACUCCAAACAAUGUUGAGAUACCUGACAUACUCAAAUUAAACAUUCAGUGCUAGAAACAGAAAGU